CGACGGGUGGUUUCUCAGCGAUAGACAUGGAAAACAAAGAACUCAACCGAGUUGGAAAGGGAAAGCCGGAAAGGAUGAAGACGGAAAAAAAUCGUUACUUGACAACCAACAGAAGGUGAAUGUUUGAAAUUAGUUGAUUUUGCAUCGAGAAUGAUCGAUGUCAGGUAGGUAAUUCAAGCUUGCGGCUGCUCAGAAGGAACCCUCCAUAGUCUACGCACAAGAAUUUUGUUGUUAUUUGUGUACAGAUCUACGCGCAAGAGUUUUUCGGUAAACGCCACUUGUCCUCCUUCCUCUCCCUGUUUCAUGUGUAACAAUGGUCCCUAGGGUCGAAAGGAGAGCAGUUGAGUUCAAAAUAUUUUCUCCUUGAUUUAUUUUGUUUUAAGGAUUUGUUUCAAUUGGGAUAUCUGCAGCGAUUCGGGGAAAUUAUACCCGGCAGAGGAAUUAGGGUUUUCGGAGGCUUAAGGAUUACAUUCGACGAUUUUUCUCUAUAAAAUAUUUAAAGGUUUGCUGGGCUCCUCAGGCUUUGCAAAUUGCAGCUCUGUAGGGUUUUGCCGUUCCGUGGUCUACUUGAAAGAUUGAGGAAGCUGGCUUGUUAGACAACAAUGUCUGCGAACAACAAUAGCCCAGCGAAGAGUGUUGGGGCUCAGUCCCCUUUUGGUAGUGCUGGGAUGGUAUCUCCAUCUAUGCCGAUAAACCACCCUUCCCAUCUACAUCCUCAGUCACAAGCUCAGACACAACCUGUCCCACACUUUCAAUUCCAGUCACCUCUUCAGUCCCAAGCACAAGCCUUGGCCCAGGCUCAAGCCCAAGCCCAAGCUCGUGCUCAAGUUCAAGCUCAAGCAGCUCAUGCCCAAUUUCAAGCUCAGCUACAAGCUCAAUCACAGUCUCUUACCCAGACACAGUCCCCUGGGGUUGGACUUGUAGGUGCAUCGUCUCCCUCCCUUUCAUCACCCGGCACAGCAACUGCCAAGCGGGUUGUCCAGAAACCUCCUGCACGGCCUCCGGCUCCUGCUACUGCCAGCACAUCUUCGCCAUUUAAAACAAUGGAGCUAACACCUGCUGCUCGUAGAAAAAAGAGGAAACUUCCAGACAAGCAGCUACCAGACAGAGUUGCCACGCUUUUGCCCGAGUCUGCCCUGUAUACCCAGCUGCUUGAGUUUGAGGCACGGGUUGAUGCUGCUCUUGCAAGAAAGAAGAUUGAUAUUCAGGAAUCCCUUAAGAGCCCUCCUUGCAUUCAGAAGACUCUUCGAGUUUAUAUCUUCAACACUUUUGCUAAUCAGACCCGAACGAUCCCAGAGAAGCAGAAUUUGGAGCCCCCUUCCUGGUCACUUAAGAUAACUGGGAGGAUCUUGGAAGAUGGAGUGGAUCCCGACCCUACUGGUGUAAUCCAGAAACCAAGUUCAUUACACCCAAAGUUCUCUUCCUUUUUCAAGAGAAUUACUAUUAACUUGGACCCGAGUCUUUAUCCUAAUAACUCUACUAUUGUAUGGGAAAGUGCUCGAUCGCCUGCACCUCAUGAAGGUUUUGAGGUAAAAAGGAGAGGGGAUAAGGAAUUUACAGUGAAUAUACGAUUAGAGAUGAAUUACAUGCCCGAGAAAUUUAAGCUCUCUCCUGCUUUGAUUGAACUUCUUGGUAUUGAAGUCGAUACCCGCCCAAGGAUUAUAGCUGCGAUAUGGCAUUAUGUGAAGGCUAGGAAGCUGCAAAACCCAACCGAUCCUUCUUUCUUUGCUUGUGAUCCACCUCUUCGCAAAGUAUUUGGGGAAGAGAAGAUGAAAUUUGCAAUGGUUUCGCAGAAGAUAUCACAGCAUUUAUCCCCAUCUCAGCCUAUACAUUUGGAACACAAGAUCAAGCUUUCUGGGAACAGUCCGGCUGGGAAUGCUUGCUAUGAUGUAUUAGUUGAUGUUCCUUUUCCAAUACAGAAGGAAAUGUCAGCUUUCUUGGCCAACACGGAGAAGCACAAAGAGAUUGAUGCAUGUGAUGAAGCAAUUUGUGCUGCCAUAAAAAAGAUCCAUGAGCAUCGUAGGAGGAGAGCUUUCUUUCUUGGGUUCAGUCAAUCUCCUAUGGAGUUUAUCAAUGCUUUGAUUGCUUCCCAAAGCAGGGACCUGAAGCUUGUUGCAGGGGAAGCUAGUCGUAAUGCUGAAAAAGAGCGACGUUCAGACUUUUACAACCAACCAUGGGUUGAAGAUGCUGUCAUUCGAUAUCUGAACCGCAAGACUGCUGGAGGAAGUGAUGCUCCGGCAAGCACAUGAAACGGAAUUGUUGAUUAACAGAUGGGCUUCUAUACUUGCUAUUUUUAAAUUCUUGCUUUCUCACCCUUAGGUUUUCGGAUGAUCUUUCUGACUACAGCAAAUGAUUUUUCCAAUUUUACCAUGUUGGAUGGGGGGCUAUAAACAGUAAAAUGCUCAUUAGCCCAUUUUGUAUCAAUCUUUUUUUUUUUUUUUUUCUGUCAUAAAGCUUCUUAGGUUGUAAACUUAUUGAUGAAAACAUGGUUUCAUUAGGUUUUUGGAUGAUC